UCAUGUUUCUUUCUGUUACUGUGUAUGUAUGGUAGAUCCACCACCUUAUUUCCUCUUCCAUUUCUACCAUAUGCUCUCAGAAUUCUGCUGCUUCAGGCCUUCAAUAGGAAAAGAAAAUAAAAAAGGUUGAAUUAUCAUUUGAUUCAAUUCUGGGGUUUCUGAGUUUUACAAAUUUCAAGGGAAAAAUUGUUUCUUUUUGGUUUUUAACUGGCUUGUUUUUCAUGGGAAUAUUUGUUUCCUCUGACAAGUUUCUUUCUCUAUCAGAAGGUACUAGAGAAUUUGACCGCUGUGUUGAUUCUCUGAUCAUUAGAAGACAGGUGAGCUAGUCGAUCCAGUUUUCAAAGAUUAUUUACUCGGGUGCGUGAAGUCUGGACUGGACAGAUUGGUCCUGGCAUCAAUUACUGGUAUAUUGCUCUAGUGGAUACAAAAAGUUAUGGGAUGCCUGGUAUCAACACCGAAGGAUACUGGUGGAAACCGGAGGCGGCCUGGAAAUAUUGGAGAAGUUUCUGUGUUUAUUCCUGGAUUGCGGAUACCAAAGGCUGUGGAUUUCUCUCAAGCACUUGGUGACUACUUGUCCAAAAGCUUAGUGGAGCGCCUUUCUGCCCUUAGAACUAGAAUAGUUGUCAUGGCUGGCCAAGAAGCUCCUACAAUUACAAGAACAAGAAGGAGAACUGCCACUCAGCAUGGAGGUUCUACACUGGCUGAUCUUCUGCAGGCUCUUGAAGAUUAUUUGCCAGUGCUUUUGGGAUUAGUCAAAGAUGGAAGUCCAUUACAGCACAAAGUGCAGUUUGUUUGGAUCAAUCAGGAGGAUGACGAUGAGGAAACAGCAAUGCAUAGCACUUGGUAUGAAGUAUUGUCAGUUUUGCACUUGAUGGCAAUGCUGUCACUAUCUCAAGCCAAUUUGCUGCUUCUGCCGAGGAUUUCAGCUGAUGGUUAUCAGCCAAAGGUAUCAGAAGAGAGCAGACGAUGUUGUAUUGAUGUCUUCCUAAAAGCAGCCGGAUAUCUUGAUUGUGCUGUUCGACAAGUUCUCCCACAGUUUCCCAGUGAAUUGAGGAGAAAAUUACCAGUAGACCUUGCAGAAGGAGUUUUACGAGCACUUUGCCUUCAAGCAUUAGGACAGGGGGUUGAUAUCCAACUUGGACUUGCAAUUGAUAGCACUAAGGCCACCCUAGCAGUAAAGCGAAGGCUUGCAUGUGAGAUGGUGAAAUAUUGGCAGCAGGCUCAAGAUAAUUUAAUGAAUCUUCCAUUAUCAAAUGGCUGGGGAGAAAAGCAUAGACUUUUCACUAAAUGGAAGUAUAUUGAGGCGAAGGCUGCAGCUUACUAUUACCAUGGUCUGAUUCUUGAUGAGGGUAACACAGAAAAAUCUCAUGGAAUGGCAGUGGCUGCUCUGCAAGCAGCGGACGAGUAUCUGAAAGAAAGUAAAAAGGCAUGUGAAGCUUUUAACCUUGCAAUACCUCUAUCUAGAAAUCCACCUCUUUGGGGAACCAUGAAAUUCCUCUCUGAGAAAAUUCCAAAGGAUACUUCUAGCAAGGUGCGAAUCAACAGGGAUCUGUAUUCCCAUGAGAAAAUCAUGGAGACAGCGCCAACGCUACCUGAUUUUGCUUUGGCCCUCAAACCUGAAGAGUAUGGGCUACCAAUUGUGGAUCCUUCAUGGAACGAAGAGAAUACAAAUAACGGGUAAUUCCGCCCCAAAAAGCUUAGAAGGUGAUUUAAAACACAACGAAUUCAAGAGAUAGCAGAUUCCCAGGCAGACUGGUUAAAGAACACUACCUGGCCAUGAUUGACCCGUUGAAGAAUUAUCUACUUGCUGUUUUUCUGGCAUGCUCGUCUUUCUUUUCCUACUUUCUUGGGCUUCUUUUCUCUCCUUUUGCCUUGGUGAAUCUUCCAAUCCCUUUCCCGCAUGAUUCAUCGUUGACCUGAUCACGGAGACUUGUACAAAGUAAAUUUUGUGUGUAGUCUCCUAAUUUCUGGAGAAGGGAAUUUUUUCUUUGCCAACUUACCAAAUAAUUGGUAUGCUUCUGUUCAAAAGAAGUGAAGGUAGAAUCUGAAAUUGUUAAUAGAAAACCUCUGUGUAGAAGUCCUUGUUAUGUGUAAAAUCGUCUUUCUUUAUAAAAGCAACAAAUGGUUGCAUACAAGAUCAAUGUUGCAUUUGAUUGCUGCCCCUUAAGCUCCAUAUUGCAUUUUUCAAAGUGAAUUUCAGAGGAUUCAAGAUGUAUUGGUGCCA